UCCGGUACUCAGCGGGCGGGGACGAAGUACACUGUCCUAGCUAGGAGGACUCCGGUACUCAGCGGGCGGGGACGAAGUACACUGUCCUAGCUAGGAGUUCUCCGGUACUCAGCGGGCGGGGGCGAAGUACACUAAGUACACGCUACCAUUGUCGCACCCGCCUCUUCUUCUGUGGGGUCUGUUGGCAUCCAACGCUAUGGUACAUUACUGCCUCCUUCUGUACUGGAGCGCCCCCACGUCUGUACCGGAGUCCUAGCUAAAAAAUGGACCAAUAGAAGAAUAGAGAGGGGUUCCUGCAGAUGCAGGAAUGCCCACAUGCAGGAAAGCCCCAAAUUAUGGGCUGCAAUUUCACCCUUCUCGCUAGCUACAGUAGCCAAACUACAUGUGUGUUGUUCAAGACAAAAGGGUUUCAGUGAGCAGCAACGUGCAUAUUCCAUUGAACAACAGUGGUAACAAUUUAUCCGUGUUUAUAAACGCGUAUAAAAUGUGACAGGAUGACGUUUUCCUAUGAUAUCAUAGGAAAAUGUCGCUACAGUAUGUUCUGCCAACAUGAUAUCAUAGGAAAAUGUCAUCCUGUCACAUUUUUGCAAAUAGUUUAGAAUCAAACAAUUGAUACAUUUGUCAAUUGGCUAUGCUCCCAGCAGGCUUUGGGGUGCCAAUGUGAAAAGAUGAGUGUCAACUAGAGGUGGCCCGAUUAAUCGGAAUUGCUGAUUAAUUAGGGCCGAUUUCAAGUUUUCAUAACAAUCGGUAAUCAGCAUUUUUGGAAACCCGAUUAUGGCCGAUUACAUUGCACUCCACGAGGAGACUGCGUACGAGAGUGCAGCAAGGAGCCAAGAACCCCCAUUUCCUCUGCUCUCCCUGGGUGUCCUGGUACCUCCUCUCCGGAUGAUGUCAGCACUCAUGUGGCAGGUGGUGCGCCUGGGCAACAUAAGUCAGUAUGGGAAAUUGGAGGAGUUUGUUUCCAUGGUCACAGAGGCGGUUCCAGAUCUCCUGUCCAACAGACAGAGGUGGCUGCUGACCCUGGCACUCAGAGGACGGGUGAGUCUACAGCUAUUAGGGUCUGGACAUCCUGAUGACCUCAAGGCUGUUCAAACCCACCUGGAUAGAAUCACAGCAUCUGGUCUCAAACAGUCAAACGAUGCCGCGAUUGAAUUUGCUGAAUCCAACUUCCUGAAGCUGAUCCAGAGCCUAGUGGAAGACCCAGAUAGGAAGGAACACUUCUUCAAGGUUGUGUUCCCCGUGGAGUAUGGACCGAGCUUUGACUCGGCGCUGCAGACUCUGGUGUGUCAUUUGCUGUCCAGACUGGAGGAGCUGCUGCCCGUCCCUGACUUCAAACAGACUGCUCUGUUGAUCAGUGGUGCCCCAUCUGUCCUGGAGGACUUCAUGUGCAGUGUCUCCCAUGCAGAGGAUCUGAAGUCCCUGCUACAGAACCCACAGUGCCACGGGAAACUCAAGCUGCCCAAGAGCGCUCCUUCGCAGAUAGAGGACCAUCUCCUCUUCUCCUUAUCCCUUCCUCCCUCACUGAGACUGGGCAAUGCCUCGCACCACAGCGCCAGCGAAUCCAAAGCCUUCCCUGACUGUGAGAACCCGCCCCUGCAGGUCAGAGAUAACCAGGGGACUAUGACUGACAAUUUGAGUGGCCAAUGGGCUGAGUCCAAAACAAGUACAGAUCAAAACGUGAUUGGAACAGAUUCAGUAGAAAACCAAGGAGGUUCUCAAAGAACGGACAACCAGAAGGACGUGAAGGAGAAAGAUGUGGAAAGACAAAGUGCAGGAAGGAAAGCAGUAGACACGGAGCACCAAUACUGUCUGAGCACCAAUACUGCUCCUCAAACUGCUGACCAAGACACGGCACCAUCAGCCAGCCAACAAGCUGCCUCAGCCUCCACCUCAGUCUCUGCCCAGGACACCACCUCAACAUCCACCUCGGGCACCCUGUCGUCCUCCUCCGGUGUGUCACCCGAGCAGCCGCGGCGGCGCGUGGCCCACAGGUGCCCCCAGUGCGGCCGCUGUUUCAUCUACCGCUACAAGAUGCUGGAGCACCAGAGACUCCACACAGGGGAGAACCCUUACAAGUGUUCCCAGUGUGGUAAGACCUUCAGAAGGUCCUCGGAGAUGUCCACCCACCGCAGAACGCAGUGCUCCAACGCUGCCUAUGUCUGUAUUAAAUGUGGAAGCAGUUUCGGUUCGGUCAGAGAGCGGGUCAGCCACCGGUGUUGUGGUAGCAAAGCGGCGGCGGCGCCGAAGUUUGAAUGUCCGCAGUGUGGGAAGAACUUCAAGUGGCACAACUCGUUAAAGAAACACCUGGUAACCCACACCAGGAAGAAGGGCUUCAAUUGCAGGUACUGUGGUGAGGGGCCGUUCCCAGGUAUCGCUGAGCUGAGGACCCACCAGAAGGUCCAUGAUGGAGAAGAGAAGCCCUACAAGUGUGAACAGUGUGGAAAGGGCUUCAGCUCCCAGGGCUGGCUCCAUGGCCACGAGCAGCGCCACUCCCAAGAGAGGUCCAAGAUCUGCCCCAGCUGUGGAAAGGCCUUCCGGUGCAAAGGAGACCUGAAGCUCCACAUGCGAACUCACACCGGCGAGAGGCCGUACCAGUGUACCUACUGCACCAAGCGGUUCUCUGUGAACGGAAACCUGACGAUACACAUCAGGACUCACACGGGGGAGAAACCUUUCCUCUGCUCUGACUGCGGCAAGGCCUUCUGCUCUGCAGGAGAGCUGCAGAUCCACAGGAGAACACACACUGGGGAGAGACCGUACAAAUGCACCGUCUGUGAGAAAGGCUUCACCAUGGCUAGUCAGGUGACUCUUCACAUGCGGGUACACACGGGGGAACGACCCUACGUGUGUCACGAGUGUGGAAAGGCAUUUCGUCGCGGUGCGGAGCUGAAGACACACAUCCUGAAUCACAGUGGGGUGAGACCAUACCCCUGUCGUCUCUGUUCCAAGACCUACACCUGCCUUAGUCACCUGAAAAGACAUUUGAAGACUCACGGGGACCAGUCGGUGGAUAUGAGCAGUGAGUUGUCUGUAUCUGCUGUAUAAUAAACCACUUGAAUAGAAAACACACCUUUUAACACCGUGUUGUCAAUAUAAUGAGGUGCAUAUUUCAUUUUCUGACGGCUACUUAUAUUAAGAGGGAGUUGACUGAACUCCGUAAAGAUCAUCGCCAUGUUUGCUUAUUGCUACUAUCAGGACUAAGACUGUUGCUUCUAGAACAAGACGAGUGUUGCUUCUAGAACAAGACGAGUGUUGCUUCUAGAACAAGACGAGUGUUGCUUCUAGAACAAGACGAGUGUUGCUUCUAGAACAAGACGAGUGUUGCUUCUAGAACAAGACGAGUGUUGCUUCUAGAACAAGACGACUGUUGCUUCUAGAACAAGACGACUGUUGCAUCUAGAACAAGACGAGUGUUGCUUCUAGAACAAGACGAGUGUUGCUUCUAGAACAAGACGAGUGUUGCUUCUAGAACAAGACGAGUGUUGCUUCUAGAACAAGACGAGUGUUGCUUCUAGAACAAGACGAGUGUUGCUUCUAGAACAAGACGAGUGUUGCUUCUAGAACAAGACGAGUGUUGCUUCUAGAACAAGACGAGUGUUGCUUCUAGAACAAGACGAGUGUUGCUUCUAGAACAAGACGAGUGUUGCUUCUAGAACAAGACGAGUGUUGCUUCUAGAACAAGACGAGUGUUGCUUCUAGAACAAGACGAGUGUUGCUUCUAGAACAAGACGAGUGUUGCUUCUAGAACAAGACGAGUGUUGCUUCUAGAACAAGACGAGUGUUGCUUCUAGAACAAGACGACUGUUGCUUCUAGAACAAGACGACUGUUGCUUCUAGAACAAGACGACUGUUGCUUCUAGAACAAGACGACUGUUGCUUCUAGAACAAGACGACUGUUGCUUCUAGAACAAGACGAGUGUUGCUUCUAGAACAAGACGAGUGUUGCUUCUAGAACAAGACGACUGUUGCUUCUAGAACAAGACGACUGUUGCUUCUAGAACAAGACGACUGUUGCUUCUAGAACAAGACGACUGUUGCUUCUAGAACAAGACGAGUGUUGCUUCUAGAACAAGACGAGUGUUGCUUCUAGAACAAGACGAGUGUUGCUUCUAGAACAAGACGAGUGUUGCUUCUAGAACAAGACGAGUGUUGCUUCUAGAACAAGACGAGUGUUGCUUCUAGAACAAGACGAGUGUUGCUUCUAGAACAAGACGAGUGUUGCUUCUAGAACAAGACGAGUGUUGCUUCUAGAACAAGACGAGUGUUGCUUCUAGAACAAGACGAGUGUUGCUUCUAGAACAAGACGAGUGUUGCUUCUAGAACAAGACGAGUGUUGCUUCUAGAACAAGACGAGUGUUGCUUCUAGAACAAGACGACUGUUGCUUCUAGAACAAGACGACUGUUGCUUCUAGAACAAGACGACUGUUGCUUCUAGAACAAGACGACUGUUGCUUCUAGAACAAGACGAGUGUUGCUUCUAGAACAAGACGAGUGUUGCUUCUAGAACAAGACGACUGUUGCUUCUAGAACAAGACGAGUGUUGCUUCUAGAACAAGACGACUGUUGCUUCUAGAACAAGACGACUGUUGCUUCUAGAACAAGACGAGUGUUGCUUCUAGAACAAGACGAGUGUUGCUUCUAGAACAAGACGAGUGUUGCUUCUAGAACAAGACGAGUGUUGCUUCUAGAACAAGACGAGUGUUGCUUCUAGAACAAGACGAGUGUUGCUUCUAGAACAAGACGACUGUUGCUUCUAGAACAAGACGACUGUUGCUUCUAGAACAAGACGACUGUUGCUUCUAGAACAAGACGACUGUUGCUUCUAGAACAAGACGACUGUUGCUUCUAGAACAAGACGACUGUUGCUUCUAGAACAAGACGACUGUUGCUUCUAGAACAAGACGACUGUUGCUUCUAGAAAAAGACGAGUGUUGCUUCUAGAACAAGACGAGUGUUGCUUCUAGAACAAGACGAGUGUUGCUUCUAGAACAAGACGAGUGUUGCUUCUAGAACAAGACGAGUGUUGCUUCUAGAACAAGACGAGUGUUGCUUCUAGAACAAGACAUUUUUCUUUGUUGCAGUUCUAGGCGUUUUUAUAAUCCUUUUGAUCAUGUCUUAGAUUGAGGCUUUUGGAUAGUUGCAGUAGCUAGUGUUUCUGUUCAUCUCACAUGCCGAGUUACUCCGUGUCUGUUCAUCUCACAUGCCGAGUUAAUCCGUGUCUGUUCAUCUCACAUGCCGAGUUAAUCCGUGUCUGUUCAUCUCACAUGCCGAGUUAAUCCAUGUCUGUUCAUCUCACAUGCCGAGUUAAUCCAUUUCUGUUCAUCUCACAUGUGUUGGUUCUGUUUACUUAACAAAUAAGGAACACUCAAAAUGUGUGCACUUAUAAAUCAUAACAAUUUUAAUCAAUAAAAAUACAUCUGUAGACAGAAGUCAAAGAUCAAACAUCACACAUACAACUGAUGUCUCUCAUGAGUUCUGCCCCAUAGGAAAAGUCCAAGUUGCUUUUGUCAUGCUUGUAGUCAACCCCCUUGUGAUGUCACUGCAUAUGUCAUUACCUGCUACUCAUCAGACCAAGCCCAUGCAUACACAGCUAUACAAACGUGCAAGAGAGAUACAAUAGUUCCAGUGUUUUCUAAGGCCUCAGCAGUAAAUGUCCCCAAGUUGAUUUAUAGAGGUCUGUCAGACUAGACUCUUAUCUCUUCUACUCCCCUGAAAGACUUUGGAACAAUUUUAAAACAUUAUAAUGAAUAUAUAAAUAUUGUUAAUCUGUAGUCUAUGAUCCUAUAAAUGUAGAGGAGGUGGGGUCCAAUAACCCCUCCCCUUCUAUUAAUACAACAUAAGCAUAAUCAAUUAUUAUAAUACAUCAAUCAUUUGGUGCAGCCCCUAUCAUGACCCCAAUUUGACCCCAUCACAUGCCAAAUGAAUCCAUGUCUGUUCAUCUCAGAUGCCAAGUUAAUCAGCAAUGGAAAGUGGUUUGUUGACUAAUGGAACUCUUAGUUGUGAGGAGACGCAUGAAGGUCUCUCCCAACCCACCUUAAUUAGAGGGUAUGCAAUCAUGUUUGACCCUAUUUUUACAAUAACCACAUUUUUUGCAGAAAAAAAUAACUCACUUAAACUCAAUUUCACACUGAUUUGAUCUUGGUCAAAAUGUAUAUUAGAAAGGACGUAUGAUUGUUAUGAAUAUGUUAAUUGAAAUGAAAAUAUUAAAUGAUUUCUUGACUAUUGG